AUGCCAUACAGGACAACUCAGAACCCCUCGCCACUCAUACCGUCGGUCCCUCAAUUGGAUGGAAACUCGGUAACGUUCACAUCUUGGAGGUCCCGACUCGAAGACGUUCUUGCGAUCCAGGGGGUGCUGGAUAUCGUCCAAGGGAAGAUCCCUCGUCCGCUGUGGAACUUUUCAAGCUAA